AUGUCAGUCAGACCUGCAUUGUUCUUCUUUGUUUUGGCCAUCACUGUUUGCAUUGCGCAGAUGAUUGAUCUCAAUGCACCACCCGAUGAAAAUGAAAAUGUACACAAUUUUCAACCAAAAAAGCACUCUUUUGAUUUAAACGUACCAGAUCCUUCACCCGUGCAAGAAGUGGAAGCGGUCACAUCUCCCAAAAAAGCAACUCUCCAUUCAAACAACAAUGAUGCUGAAACCUUCUAUGAAAUACCUCAUCGAACACCAGCUUUUCAUCGAUCAAACAGAGGUAGAAGGGAUGAAGCAUGGAACAAUAAGAUAAGAGAAAGCUUUCUUAAACGAAAGAUUCAGAAAGAGCAAGGAAUCUUACUUCCGAAAGACCACAGGAUGAAACCUGUAAGAGGCAGUGAAGAAUGGAAAAUGAACAUUUCCAAAGGUAUGCAAAAGUAUCUUAAAAGUUUAGGACCAGAAGGACAUGCUGAAAGACAAAGAGUGCGAACGGAAAAGAAAAAGCAGAAAUUAUCUGCAAGUAUACGAUAUAUACGUGGCGGACAUAAUUGAUUUGUCGGGAUGGUGAAGAGAAUAGAAUUGACAAGCACCGUGAACAGGGUAAUGUUAAAAUACGGCGAACUUUCCGGGCACUUGAGCAGUGUUUUGCCGGCAAAGCUGUCGUUCUAAUUCUCAUUCAUUAAUGACAACUUUCUUGGGCCAACGUGCUCGGCCGAACCGCAGACCGCAGUGUAUACGCCGUUUCAAGACGCGUUUUAUACCUGAAUACAAUUUUGUACUUGAAGCCUGGGUUUUAUUAAUAGCU